AUGCCGUUCGCCUCUGGCGCAUUCGUGGCAUGCGCGGUUGCGGCAUUCAAGCCGAAGAAGGUGGUCGGGCCACUGACGGUGAAGCUUUACCACCUGGCGUGGCUGGAGCAUGUGGUGACCGACACGCUGGUGAACUGGGAGGCGAGGAAGGGGCGACUGUCGAACUCUGCCUGUGGAAACGCGCAGGUGGUCGAUGGGCUCGUGAUCCUUGCGCGUGAGGCAGUGUCGAACGCGAUCAGAAUCUUCAAGCCUAAGUACGACGUCGCCUCGUGCUCGUGGACCUGGGGGCGCCAUGGCCUUCGACUGUCCUCGUGCGGGCUGGAGGACUUAAUUCCAGCGACUGCCGCUACCCGUGAUGGGGCAGAGGUUCAGGCGGACGAGAUCUCUGGGUCGCUUGGAGGCCCGUAA